GUGACUAUAGGACGAGGAUUUGGUGUCACCUACCAACUGAUGUCAAAGGUAUGCCCUCUGAUGAUUUCCCGGAACCACUGUGUUUUGAAGCAGAACCCUGAGGGACAGUGGACAAUCAUGGACAACAAGAGUCUGAAUGGUGUUUGGCUGAACAGAGAGCGUCUGGCACCAUUACAGGUUUAUUGCAUCCAAAAGGGAGACCAUAUUCAGCUUGGAGUGCCACUGGAAAAUAAGGAGAAUGCGGAGUAUGAAUAUGAAGUUAUUGAAGAAGACUGGGAGAGGCUGUCUCCCUGCCUUGCCUUAAAGAAUGACCAGACAGGGGGGAAAUAUAAAGACUUGAGAACUAAAAGGAAGUUCAAUUUGGAUGGAUUAGAACAUCCCGCUGCUGAAGGCCCCUCAGAUCUCAAGUGCAAAGUAACUGCAGCCUCUUGUGAUGCCGCUGAGCCAGUGAAGUUACUUGGGAAAGGUGAAGCAGCAAGUCAGCCCUUGGGAUGUUUGUGUCCUAAGUUGACUUGUCUUGAGGCAAGUGACGAGGCCACUGGGACUCAUGCUUGCCCUACUCUUCCAAAGGUCAUCGAACGCUACCCUAAGAAGCAGAAGGCCUCCCACCCCUCAGCGUCUCAGAGCAGCCUUGAGCUGUUUAAGGUGAACAUGUCCAGGAUUCUGAAGCUGAAAACCCAGAUGCACGAGAAGCAGAUGGCUGUCCUGAGCGUGAGGAGGCAGACCCGAAAGGGGAGCUCGAAGAAGAUCGUGAGGAUGGAGAAGGAGCUGCAGGAUUUACAGUCUCAGCUUUAUUCGGAGCAGGCUCAGCAGCAAGCCCGAGUGGAGCAGCUGGAGAAGACCUUCCAGGAAGAGGAGCAUCACCUCCAGGGUUUGGAGAAAGAGCAAGGAGAAGAGGACCUGAAGCAGCAGCUGGUCCAGGCUCUGCAGGAGCAUCGGGCUCUAAUGGAAGAGCUAAAUCGCAGCAAGAAGGACUUUGAGAAAAUCAUUCAAGCCAAGAACAAAGAAUUGGAGCAGACCAAGGAAGAAAAGGAGAAGGUGCAAGCUCAGAAGGAGGAGGUUCUCAGCCAUGUGAACGACGUGCUGGAGAAUGAGCUGCAGUGUAUCAUAUGCUCCGAGUACUUCAUUGAGGCUGUCACCCUGAACUGCGCCCACAGUUUCUGCUCCUUCUGUAUCAGUGAAUGGAUGAAACGGAAACUAGAGUGUCCCAUUUGUCGAAAGGAUAUUGAGUCCAAAACCCACUCCCUGGUUCUAGACAAUUGCAUUAAUAAGAUGGUGGAUAAUCUGAGCUCAGAAGUGAAAGAACACCGGAGUGUCCUUCUCAGGGAACGGAAAGGAGCGUUACGCUAGCCCUGGUGUGGAGAACAGUGCCCACCCUGAGUGCUCACUCUCAGCGCUCACCGGCCAGCUGGAGGGACACAAAGGCAAGGAGACCCUGUGUGGCUUCACAGGGAGGACUGCUCCUCCUGGCCUGGGCAGGUGGACAUGAGAGGAUCCUGUAAAGGAAGUGAUGUUUGGACCAAGCUUCAUGGCUUCCUGGAGGACAUGGACUACAACUUGCAGAACAGCCAAGACCUGGAGGGUGGGCUGGCUGGCUGGCGGGCUGGUGGGCUGGUGGGCGGGCUGGCGGGCGGGCAGGUGGGAAGCUUGUUUUUUGUCAUCUUGCUUCCCUUCCAGAGAGGAACACUGUCUGGAGCCAGAUUCAAUCAGGAUCAGGUUAUGACCUUUGAACUGGCAUGUGCUGACUGUGUCAGGGAGGGGACACCUAUGAGAGUGCAGUUUGCCCAUCGAGUGCCAUGUUGUUCUCAUCAGUCCACUCUCAGCUGGCUGUUAGAAGAGCCCACGUCCCAAGUUCACCUCCGUCUCCUCUAAUGUAGAGGCACUUGUAUAGAGUAGAUACCCCAGUUCCCCUCCCAUUCUCUGCAGAGGCUAACCAGGCCACUCCUGGGCCUCUUUGGCAAGAGUGGCGACCACACAGGAAACAGGUCCCUGUCACGUACACUGUCACAGCACUUCUGGCAGCAAGUGCAACACUGAGGUUUUCUCUAGACAGACAGAAGGUUCUGAGACUUGAUUUAGGGAAAGCCGUGCCAGAGCCAUCAGCCUCUCUGAUGGGCUAUAGUGUGGGGGUUAGAGAAAAUUCUAAAUUAAAAUGCCAGCUCUCUUUGAAUGUGCCAUUUGAAAAGCUGGUUUAGUCCAUAGUGCAUGGGGAAGUUUUAAAAAGAAAUUAGGAUCGGGCUGCAGUAAUGGCUCAGUGGUCAAGAGUACUGGCUGCCCUUCUAGAGGUCCUGAGUUCAAAUCCCAGAAUCUAUGUGACAGCUCACUGUAACCCCAGUCCAAAGGGAUCUGACACCUCAGGCACCAGCUACACACAAACAUACAUGUAGACAAAACACUCAUACACAUAAAUAAAACAAAAUACAUAAAAAUCCAAGCGUAGGCCCUGGAAAGUGGUGAGCGUUUGGUUGUCUGCUGUGCAGAUGCCCCGUGUUCUCACUUUACCAGGAGAGGUGCCCUUCUAAGCCUCCCUGACAGGUGGGCAUCCCCAAAUUCUGGGUCUUAGUGGGAAUCACUCCUCCCCACUGAGAAGCCUGAGGAGAGGAGGGGGGCCUUAGGAAGUUGGAUGCCUUGAAGCCAGGGUAGAUAACAUCUAUCUACUCAGGUGUUUGUACGAGGGGCCAUUGUGGUUGUGUGCACUAUUGACACAGGCAGGGAGCGGGUGAAGGGAGAGAAGGAACUUUCUAUGUCCUGUUUUGUUUUUUGAGACAGGGUUUCUCUGUAGCCCUGGCUGUCCUGGAACUCACUCUGUAGACCAGGCUGGCCUGGAACUCAGAGAUGCUCCUGUCUCUGCCUCUGUCUCUGGCAUUAAAGGUGAGCGGCAGGAA